ACUGCAGUCGAGAGCUCCAACUAUAAGACUUCCUGCUAGAACAGAGUCUCCCACUUGUACUCAAAAAGAGAAAAGAGAUUAGAGCUCAGUAGCACCGGUCUGGGAUCAUGGCCACCGCGUUUGCCGGCGCUGUGAAUGUAGCAACCACGUUGAACAGGCCUGGUUCAGGGUCUGUACCAUCUAUCUCAAGCUCUUCAUUCCUCGGCAGCAGCUUGAAGAGGGUGAACUCCGGAUUGGUCAGCAUCCGCCAACAGGCAUGCGGCUUUAAGGUGGUGGCAGCUCAGGAGGAAGAUGAGACCAAACAGACCGGCAAGGACAGAUGGGGGGGCCUUGUCACUGAUGUCUCAGAUGACCAACAAGAUAUCACCAGAGGAAAGGGUAUGGUUGACUCAUUGUUCCAGGCACCAAUGGGCACUGGGACUCACUUUGCUGUCAUGAGUUCUUAUGAGUACCUCAGUCAAGGUCUUCGACAGUACAACCUUGACAACACAAUGGGCGGGUUUUACAUCGCACCAGCUUUCAUGGACAAGCUUGUUGUUCACAUCUCCAAGAACUUCAUGAACCUGCCAAGCAUCAAGGUUCCCCUCAUUCUUGGUAUCUGGGGAGGCAAGGGUCAGGGAAAAUCGUUCCAGUGUGAACUUGUGUUUGCCAAGAUGGGAAUUAACCCCAUCAUGAUGAGCGCCGGAGAACUGGAAAGUGGAGACGCCGGAGAGCCGGCGAAGCUCAUCAGGCAACGUUACCGUGAGGCGGCCGACAUCAUCAAGAAGGGGAAGAUGUGCUGCCUCUUCAUCAACGAUCUCGACGCAGGAGCAGGAAGAAUGGGUGGCACCACUCAGUACACAGUCAACAACCAAAUGGUUAACGCCACCCUCAUGAACAUCGCCGAUAACCCCACGAACGUCCAGCUCCCCGGCAUGUACAACAAGCAGGACAACCCCCGGGUGCCGAUCAUCGUCACCGGAAACGACUUCUCGACACUGUAUGCGCCAUUGAUCCGUGAUGGGCGUAUGGAGAAGUUCUACUGGGCACCCACCAGGGAAGACAGAGUUGGUGUCUGCAAAGGAAUUUUCAAAGCAGACAAUGUCCCGGAUCAGGAAAUCGUACAACUCGUCGACACUUUCCCCGGACAAUCUAUUGACUUCUUCGGCGCUCUCCGAGCUCGAGUCUACGACGACGAAGUGAGGAAGUGGAUCGAGGGCAUUGGAGUCGAGGGCAUCGGCAAGAAGCUAGUGAACUCAAAAGAGGGGCCACCGACCUUCGAGCAGCCGGCCAUGACACUGCAGAAGCUCCUGGAGUACGGCAACAUGCUGGUGCAGGAACAGGAGAACGUGAAACGAGUUCAGUUGGCAGACAAGUACCUGAAGGAGGCAGCUCUUGGUGACGCAAAUGAAGAUGCCAUCAAGACAGGGUCUUUCUUUGGUUAGAACCCCUGUUGGUGGAGGCCCGGAUUGGAGCUUUGAUCUGGGUUUCCUCUAGUGGGCAGCACUGGUAGAAAUAUUAAGAACUUCAGAUGGAAGAAAUUGCUUAUGGUGGUUGUUUGGGGAAGACAAUUUCAGUCAAUUAGCAGUGAACCUUCCUCUACCGGAUGGUUGCACUGAUGCAACCAACUAUCAUCCAACAGCCAUGGAUGACAAUGGAAGCUUUCUCCAUCAAUUUUAGCUUGUACCCUUUUCUCUACCUUGUAUUUCUGUUCUAAGUCAGGCUUUAGGGAAUGUUUCGUCAAGCAAUAACGUCGAAAUUGUAUUCUAUCUAUUCCCAAUUUCAGUGCUUUUCGUUACUGCAAA